AUGGAUGUGAUUGGACCGAUAGGACCAAAAGCAUCGAAUGAUCACAGUUUCAUCUUGGUGGCCAUUGAUUAUUUUACAAAGUGCGUGGAAGCAUUAACUUUCAAGUCAGUGACCAAGAAGGUCUUGGUGGAUUUCAUCCAUUUCAACAUCAUCUGUAAGUUUGGUAUUCCAAAGGUGAUUAUAACUGAUAACGCCGCAAAUCUUAACAACCACUUCAUGCAGGAGGUAUGCUACCAGCUUAAGAUUGAGCAUCGUAAUUUGACUUUGUAUCGCCCAAAAGAAAAUGGGGUUUUACAAGCUGCUAUCACAAAUAUAAAAAUGAUACUUCUCCGUACGUUAGUGGGCGCUACCCCAUAUUCACUAGUAUACGAGACUGAGGCUGUUAUACCUGCAGAGAUUGAGAUCCCAUCUUUACGAAUUAUCGUGGAUGCUGAAAUUGAUGAUGAUGAGUGGAUAAAAACUCAGUUAGAGCAAUUAAGUUUGAUUUGUAAGAAGCGUCUUACAUCAGUAUAUCAUGGACAAUUAUAUCAGAAACGAAUGGCACGAGCAUACAACAAAAAGGUGCGUCCUAAACAUUUUGAAGAGGGUCAAUUAGUGUUGAGACGCAUUUUGACACAUCAUGCCUUAACCAAAGGCAAAUUUUCUCAAAAUUGGAAAGGACCAUUCGUUGUUAAAAGGGUAUUACCCAAUGGCUCUCUUUACAUAGUAGAUAUAGAAGGCAAAGUGAUACAAAUAAUCGUCAAUGCUGAUGAUGUGAAAUGA